AUGACCGCCGUGACGACCAAAAGCUACUUGUUGAAGAAAAUGCGCUCCUACCUGGCGCUCGCAGUGCUGUGUCUCUCGCUGCGCGUUGACGCUGCAAAAUGCACGGACGCCGAGAUCACCACCGCCCUCACACCGUACUCGGGCUCGAUCGCAAGCGCGAUUACACUCUGCGCCAACGACAUGGGCUACACGCAGGCCGACCUCGUCGCGGGCAAGUUCCUCUCGUCGUCGAUGACGCCGGCGCAAGUGACCGUCUUUCUCAAGAGCGGCAACUGCCACACGGUCUUCGCCAUGUAUCAAUUGGCGACGGGCUCGCUUCCGUGCGCCUCGCAGUAUCAAGGUGUGACGUUUGAGCAAUUCGCCGCGACGAUCACCCUUCUUCCAUCAUCCACACCGGUCACGCGAACGCCAAAAACGGCCACUCCAGCAACGAGCGAGUGCGCUGACAGUGUCGUCGUCGCGGCCUUUACACCCGUCGACAAGGAGCGCACACGCCUUCUGGAGCGCUGUGCGAUCGACAUGGGCAGCAUUCCCGUCCAAUAUCUCUACAACGGCACGCUCAAGGCCAAGAUCACAGACGCGCAGUUUACAGCGUUCGUGGGCAGCUCCGACUGCGCGGCUGCAAUCACGAUCGAGAAAAAGGCGUGGGGCACGAUCACGCCGCCGUGUCAAAUCCAAUUUCACUCUCUCUUAUUCUCGACGGCCGAGAUCAGUACGUGGUCCUUCAAGGAGUACGCCCAGCGCUUCUACGAUCGCUCGAUCCCGUCCACGAAUGCCCCACCCGGUGGCAGCAGCAGCGGCAAUGUGACGCCGUCGCCAUCCCGCACGACGGCCAAGCCCGGUGGCAUGCCAUCCGCGUCUGCGCCAAGCAUCUCUAUUUCGCUGUUGCUUAGUCUUGUCCUCGCUAGUCUCUUGUAG